AAAUUUCUCACAUGGUAACGGGAAACAUCUAUUUCCCAUAUAUAGGAGUAAGCACCCUGACUGACAGCUCAUACAAGUCAGUGACACAGGCAUAGGCGGGUACAUUCUAAUACAAACACAGAAAAGUUACUAAGCUACUAGCAGCUGCAAGAUCUUACAGGAUUGCUGACAAAACAGCUACCAGCUGUCAGCCUUAAAAUUAUAAACCGUACUGGAACAUAGGCUUUUCUAGCUAUAGAUUGCUCCAAAACAAAAUGAAUGGACCAGUUGAAUAUAUACAGGAACAUGCAGUGGAAGAUGUAGGAGCAUUUAUGUUUACAUCAGAGUCUGUUGGAGAAGGUCAUCCUGACAAGAUCUGUGACCAGAUCAGUGAUGCUGUUCUUGAUGCCCAUUUGAGUCAGGAUCCAGAUGCCAAAGUUGCUUGUGAGACAGUUUGUAAAACUGGGAUGGUUUUGCUUUGUGGAGAAAUAACAUCCAGAGCUGUUGUGGAUUAUCAAAAAAUUGUUAGAGACACAAUAAAGUACAUUGGAUAUGAUGAUUCUGAGAAAGGCUUUGACUAUAAGACCUGCAAUGUCCUGGUAGCUCUGGAACAACAAUCUCCUGAUAUUGCACAAGGAGUUCAUUUGGAUCGGCAAGAAGAGGAUAUUGGAGCAGGAGAUCAGGGAUUAAUGUUUGGCUAUGCAACAGAUGAGACAGAAGAGUGCAUGCCCUUGACUAUAGUACUUGCUCACAAACUGAAUGCUAAACUGGCUGAGUUGAGACGCAAUGGUGUACUGCCGUGGCUCCGACCAGAUUCCAAAACACAGGUAACAGUGAAAUAUAUUCAGAAGAACGGAGCAGUUAUUCCUGUACGUGUGCACACCAUAGUGAUUUCAGUGCAGCAUGAUGAGACCAUCUCUUUGUCAGACAUGCGACAUGCCCUAAAGGAACAUGUGAUUAAGGCUGUUGUCCCUGAAAAAUACCUGGAUGAGAAAACUGUUUAUCACCUGCAACCCAGUGGGCGUUUUGUCAUUGGUGGACCACAGGGGGAUGCAGGUGUCACAGGCCGUAAGAUUAUUGUGGACACCUAUGGAGGAUGGGGUGCUCAUGGAGGUGGUGCAUUUUCAGGAAAAGACUACACUAAGGUUGACCGUUCAGCUGCCUAUGCUGCCAGAUGGGUAGCAAAAUCACUGGUGCAUGCAAAGCUCUGUCAUCGUGUUCUGGUGCAGGUAUCUUAUGCUAUUGGAGUGGCCUAUCCUCUGUCAGUUUCUCUAUUCACCUAUGGUACAUCUGAGGAGAACGAAAAGGAAUUGCUGGAUAUCGUAAACAAGAAUUUUGACCUGAGACCUGGAGUAAUUGUCAGGGACCUUGACUUGAAGAAGCCGUUAUACCAGAAAACUGCAUGUUAUGGUCAUUUUGGCAGAGAUGACUUCCCGUGGGAGGUUCCAAAGGAACUUGUUUUCUAAUGUUUUUGUACCAUAAUAUGCACAAAUAAAUAUACACACUGAAGCAGUUCUGAUUUUGAAAUUCCAUUUGACUGUGGCGGAAUGCUUACAACUGUGAAUCUCAAGUAAAAAUGGAAUGCAAAUACAGCUAUCAAACAGAAUGGGAGUGGAUACAACAGAUGAUCUUGAACACCAAACUAAUUGAUACACAUGAAAACACAUAUGCUUGCUACCUCCUUCUUCAAAAUCUGUAUUCAUUGGAUGGAAUUUGUGUGAAUUUUGCAUUUUCUACUAAAACAAAAUUAUAGCUGUAAGGGAAAAUGGUAUCAGCUUGGGCAAACUCAUUCUUGCUUUAUGACAGUGUAUUUGAUGCUGCUACAUUAUUAAUUUUGAACCAACAAUGCAAAAUUUACAUAGAUACACUACUAUUGCACUACAUGCUAUUUCAAAUAAUCUGGCUAAAGUAUGCUAUUUUAAGUCUUAUGAAACAUGCUUACAGAUUGCUUUUGUUUUCAUAAACUUCAUUGUGUAUUGACAUAAUUGUGUACUGCAUAAUCCUACAAUAUUCUCAGUAACCAACAUUUCCUUAAACCAAUAUGCAUGUUGAUAAAAACUAGGAGGGGCCAUUUACUUUACCCCUGGGAGCAAGUGGACAAAGUGGUGCAAGAGAAUGACCCUUACUGGUUUAUGUAGGAAGCACUUGUAGCCAGGUUCUGCUGCUGUCUGGACCGAGCAUAUUGAUCCAAGCUGCGUGAUUCCAUAUUGGUGGAGAAAAAAAUCAUAUUUGUUUUUAUUAAGGCUUAAAAUAUUUUUAGCAGACUAAAGAUAUAGUGAUCCAAAUUAACUAAAAAUUCCCUAUCCGGAUUAUCCCAGGCCCCAAGCAUUCCGGAUAAUAGAUCCUUUACCUGUAUAAAACAAUUUAUAAGCUGCUAUUAAUAUACUUCAGAUGUAUAGAUGUAUUUGUGUUUAUAUUUUUGUGUUUGUAUGUUAAGUUUAGAAGAUCAAAAUGAACUUAUGGUGAGUUUGGGGGCAUUGUGGUUAUUUUAAUUAAAAGAGUAAUUCACCUUCUAACGGGUUACAAAUGGUCAUAAUUUUCUUCAAACAUAAAAAAUUAUUAUCUGUGAUAAAACCCUCUCUAACAAAUGCCAAUUCAUUUUUAUAACUCGUUCAAGAGACAUUCUCUAUAAGGCUGCCAGGAUGUCACUGUAUUAGUUUAGAUGCUCUCUUUCCAUAUUUCUUACAGUCAGCCGCAGCUCUGUCUCUGUUACUUUCCUAAGCAGUUCUUUCCUCCAUUAAUUGUGUAAUUUCAGUUGGUAAGGCUUGUUUCAACUGGCGUAUGAUUUGCUUUAGGGUAAUCUGCCAUAGGGAUAGGUUUGGGCUCUUGACUGUUUCAUUUUCUUUGAUUCUUUAACACACUUCCAAACAGCCAUGUCAUGCAAUAAAUUAAUAAGGCAAUAAGGUCAUUUACAAAGACCUGAACAGAAGUGCAAGAUCAUGCUCCUUAGAGCCAUGCAGAGAGCACUCUGUACUUUGGAUGGAGGCAACCCUGUACCCAUGAAUGAUGCUACAGGUCUCUGUGCCCCAAAAUUAAAAACAGAGACCUGCAAAAAUUAAACUAAAAUAGAAGACAGGGUCCAUUUUUUGCACUUUGCAAAUGACCCCUAAAGUAUUUGAGUGCUAUUUGAAAAAAAAUAAUAACUUUUGAGAUUUGGGCCUUUGUAGUACAUAAGGUACCUUUCUUAUAGUCUGCAUUUUUCAGAGGUAACCCUGUUUAAAGGCACCUGUUUUAAAAUACAGGUAUGAGGCCUGUUAUCCGGAAAGAUCAGGACCCGGGGCUUUCCAUAUAACAGAUCUUUCUAUA